GGAUGCUUCGGUGUGUAAUAUUAGUGAACGGCUACAUCUAGAGGCAUGAUGAUGCACUUUUUGCUGAUACUCGUUAGUUUGUUGUUUGUGCUGCAUUUUUCUGAUUGCGAUCCGCGCAGUAGAAUUGGACGUUAUCAACCACCGAAGCCACGAUUUGAAAUAUUUGAUCCACAAGGACUAAUCGUGUGGAUUAAUGCUGAUCCAGGAAUUAGUUCGUUUACUUUUCACGGUAAACUUAAUCAACAGUUCGUUAAGUACUACGAUGUGGGGCGAUGGGCACAAACGAUAACCAAAAUAAAGAAUGGACGCUAUCUGUUUAUCGACCGUGAAGCAAAACUCGUUCCUGGUGAUACGAUAUACUAUCGUACAGUGAUCGUCCGCAACGGACAAACGUACCGUACCAAUGCUGGAUCAUUUACCGUACAAGAGUUACGCCCUGCGGCUACCCCUUCACCUAUAAUACCUGCUUCCGUUAUUGCGCCACGUUCCGUUAAAUCCGGGAUGUUCCCUUACGAGCCAUCAUCCUCGAAUGAACGACGCACUAAAGAUGUGAGAUCAACCGCAACACAAACUGAUGAUUUCGAGGAUCGCAUGGCAAAAGGUUGCACUUACGGACGUAGUACAGUAAAUGGAAGAAACGCUUGUCCUGGAGAAAUAUUGUUCGAGGAUGAUUUUAACGGACUGGCGAUAAAUAUUCAAAAAUGGCGUAUAGAGAACCGUUUUGCAUCCGAUCCAGACAACGAAUUUGUGGUAUACGCAGAUUUUAAGGACAAUAUAAAGCUGCAGAAUGGUCACCUAGCUAUUCGGCCCACUCUAUUCGAAGAGAAAUUCGGUCUAGGUACGACAUCAAAGCAAUUUCGAUUCGCUGAAGAAUGUACGGGUUACCGGAGUUCACGGGACUGUAUCCGCGACACGAAAAUUGACUUUGAUAUGAUACCACCGGUGCUUACCGCGCAGAUUACUACCAUCAACAGUUUCAGAUUUACCUAUGGUAGAGUGUUGAUCCGAGCAAAGCUACCACAGGGGGAUUGGAUAUUCCCACAAUUGUAUAUCAUCCCAGCAACAGACUUUUAUGGGCAAGAUAGUUAUGCUUCUGGGUUGAUGCGUGUUGCAUUUGUGCCGGGAGGACCUCGUUACAGAAACCAGCUAUCAGGAGGACUGAUUGUGAGCGACCGAGAGCCUUUACGCUGCUCUAAGAUGUGCACGUUGACAAGGAAUAUACAAUGGAAUGCCGACUUUCACGAGUACGGUCUCAAAUGGACAUCGGAUGGAGUCUGGAUGGAAGUAGAUGGGGAAGUAUACUGCAUGAUUGAUCCGGGAAAUGGUUUUCACAAAGACAUUCAAUCUAGCAAACCAGAAGUUGCAAACCUCUGGCGACUAAGCGGUACCAACAUGGCCCCUUUCGAUAAAGAAUUUUAUCUAGGGCUAGGCGUAGGUGUCGGUGGUCAUUACGAUUUCCAUAAUUUCGAUAGAAAGCCAUGGAAAGAUUUAGGUGUAAAAGCGAUGUACACGUUUUGGAACGCAAGAGACAGCUGGUAUCCUACAUGGAACGCUAAUAGUACCAUGUUGAUAGAUUUCAUUCGGGUUUUUGGUGUAUAA